AUGACCUCUGAGGCCUUCAAACUGAAAAGCCUCUCUGAACAAGUCAACAACGACUUUAUCAGAGAAGCUGGAGAAAGGUUGCAGGCACGACUGGUCAGAGAGACAGAGGAAAACGCCAUAAGAGAAGCAGAAGAGAAGGCUCAUCAGGAAGAAGAGCAAAGGGUUAGAGAAGCUGCAGAGAAGGUUGCUGCUGAAUCUGAGGCAAAAGCAAAAGCUGACGCUGAAGAGGCAGCACACAUAGCUGCAGAAGAAGUUGCAAAGGCUAGCAAUGAUGCUCUGGCUCAAGGGGAGCAAUCAAACUCUGACUUCGCUCCUCUGGUCCUGAAGACUCUGGAAGAGCUGCAGAAGGAGCAACAGAUAGUGCGAGCAAGACUGGAUCACCAGGACUCCGUCAACAACAUCAUAAGUAUGAGAAUGCAGUUUAGCAGUUCUGGUUCUCCUCUAUUGCAUUCAAGUGUCUUGAGUCUUGCUUUGUUGCUGAGCAAAUUUGGUAGUUUAAAUUAUGGUUUUGUAAUCUCUGUUGGUGCAAUGAUGGAAGAAAACGAAAGUGUAGGUGACUUCUUCACUAGGGUGACUAGGCCGAUGAAUCAGAUCAAAAUGUAUGAUGAAGUGAUGCCAUCCAGAUCGGUAGUUGAAAAUGUUUUAAUAUCUUUGCUUCAAAAAUUUGAUCAUGUUGUUAUAGCCAUAGAAGAAUCAAAGGACAUGUCAAGUCGGACAAAGGAAGAACUUCAAGGAACAAUUGAAUCUCAUGAGCAAAAAAUUAUUGAAAUAUUUGGAGGCAAGACUAAAAGUGAUACGUCAUUGCAGGAACAAUCAACAAAAGAAAGGAAGAGAAAAGGCAUGACGAUCAAUCUGUUGAGCAUUGGCGAACUAAUUGAGAAGAAUUACAAAGUAGUGAUAGAAGGAAAGAUGAUGAGAGUGCAUGACUCAAGUGGUAGAUUAAUCUUGAGGGAACCUAUGUCUCAGAAUAGAACCUUCAAGAUUGAACUUUAUGUGAUAGAGCAUAAAUGCUUAGUAACUGUAGCCAGUAGAGAUGAAUGA